AUGGCUUUAGAGGAUUGUGCUGGAAGUAAUGUCAAUGAAAUAUGGGAGUCCAAAAAAGCAUUCUUCAAUAUAAGGUUGAUACCUUCACAUUGGUUCUCUGAAGAAGGUCUUACAAUGUUUGAUAAUGAUCAAGAAUCUUUGAUUCAGAUAAUACAAAACAAAAAUAAACUACCUACUGGAACAUUUCAGAUAUUAGAAAGGAUUCGCGGUCAAGAAGUUAAUAGUAGAGUUGCUGUGGAAUUAGAAUCGAAAAAAAUUUUAUUACAAUGUCAAAACACAUAUGAACCAUCUGUGCAAGAAUUAGAUCAAAGGACCAAUGAUCUUAAAAUUUCAGACCCACUUCAACAUAAGGGUAAGGGCCGUCCUGCAAACAAAAGAUAUUUAUCUGCUAAUGAGAAUCAUGAUAUCAAGAACAUUGGCUCAAACUAUCAAGAUGAUGAAACAUUAGAAUCAGGAUCAAUAAAAAAAAACAA